AUGUCAUCCGAGAGUAGUGACAAAAAUUAUUUUCACUAUCCGUCUCUUACUCCAAUAAACAUCGAUGUAAACUUGCCAUUCGAUAGUGAUCUAGUCAAAGACAUUAAUGCAAAUGGAUUCAUACAUUAUCGCACGGCAUUAAGUGGUAAAUUACAACAAAAUGGAUAUAAUUUUGAAGCGAAAUACGUUUCUAAGUUAGCUUCAAAUAAAUGGAAGCUGAAAUCCGAAUCUUAUAAAAAUCAAUUCAAAACAAAAUCCAACGAAAUAAAGAUAGUUUUACCAAAAUCACAACCACACAACAAAAUCAAAUUUCGCCCUCUGUACGAUCCAAUUAAACCCAGAAAUCAAAAAAAAACAACCAAUAAAGGAUUAAAUUCUUCGAAUAAUUCAAGCACUUGUCAAGAUAUUAAUAAUUAUUUUGAUAAUGGCCUCACUUCCCAAGAGUUUCCACAAAAUACAAACGAGUCUUUUGAUUUCAGUUCUUAUAAACCUUUUGAUUUCAAUUUACUCCCACCUUUUAAUUCAAAUGUAUUCACAGAUUUUUAUGUGAAUUCUGCAUCUUUCGAUUCGCAACCUCCACCUUACAAUUCAAAUUCUGCAUCUUCCGAUUCAAAUUUCUUCGCGGGCGGAUUUCAAUUAUUCAAUCGCAAUUGUUCAUUAUGCAGUAAUCUUACUUCUUAG